GCCAAAUACAACAACACUUAGUUCUGUAAAUUAUAUAGCAACAUGUGUAGCAAAACCAAUUAUUAAUACACCUGCAGCUUUAGCAAUUGCAAAUAAUAAUCGCCUAUUUUUUAAUCCAGAUAAUUUUAGUGAAUUACUUAUUAUAGAUUAUUUAUAUUCUAAUAACAGUGCUUUUGAUAUAAAAGAAAGAUUAAUGAAAAAUCUUAAAAUAAUUGGUGUACAAAAACAAAAUUUAUAUUCAACAAAGGAUUAUUUAAAUGCUUUAGAAAUGAUUACUUCAAUAGAAUCAUUACAACAAUAUCUUCAAGAGAAUGUUUUAACAGUAAUUGCAGAUUGGCCUGGACAAUAUUUUAUCUGA